CUAGUUUUGAGUUUGGUCAACUAUGCAGGAAAAAAAUUUCCAAAACGUUCCAUCUAUCACUGUUUGGGACACGGUGAGUCGGAAAUGAUCUAUAACAUACAAAAAGUGCACGUCAUCAGCGUAAAGGGCAAGCAGGAUAAACACUGUCACUAACGUGGCUGCACUGUCGUAGAGUACAUCCCCUCGUGAUAGUCCCUGAACUAGUCCACUAUAAAAUCAAUAUGCUAAGGCACAACAAAUCAUGUUUACUACUCUCCAUACCAAGCAAUGAAAUUUCCUGAAAACGGCUUUUGUUUCAUUUCCGGAAAUAAACACAUUUCCGGAAAUCAAUAUAGCUGUUUUCGUGAAAAAGAACAUUUCAAGUUGGUUAUUUCCUCAUAUAUUCUUUAGUUAUAUACUAAAAUACUGCAUUUAAAUGGAAGAAAAUGGAGAUAAAACACACCGAAACAAACAGAGGGAAUAAAGCUAUAAUCGUUGAAGGAUAUGUCUACCGGAAGAUAAAUGUUCUGAAAAACGGGGAUAUUGUGCACAUCUGUAGUGUUUCCAAAAACUGUAAGAGGUCGGUGACGACGGACUCUGACGGUAAACACGUAGUGAAAGCUAGGAACCAUCACACCUGUCAAAUUGAACCCAAUGCGCGCAAGACAGAAGCCCGACAACUUCGAGUUCGUCUUAGAAAGCAUUGUGAUGACUUUACAAAACGACCUGCUGCUAUCAUCAGAUCGGAAUUGAAAGAAGAGGAGAAAUUGCAGGGUAGGGAUCUAAGAAACGCGACAUUGGCUCUGUACAGACAGCGGCGGAGGACUGUGAUGUCACUUCUAGACAGCAAAGCUCCUUCCCAAGAAGAACAGAGCACGCCGUUAUCGAUAAUCCGGCAAUCCAAAGAGAGUAAAAUGAAUACUUCAGGAUGCCUGUACAAGUUUACAAACUGUCGCCUUGUCCAACAUGGUGCUUUAAUUAAGGAUGACCUCUGGGUCCGAGAUGGCAAAAUUGUCAAUCCCGAGGAAAUCUUUUUUGGAGAGAGAAUCUCUGCAGAUGUGAUAGAAGAUUGCAGGGGAAAUAUCUUGUGUCCAGGGUUUAUAGAUGUACAGAUUAAUGGAGCUUUUGGUGUAGAUUUUGCAGUAAAUACAGACAAUAUUGAGGACUGCGUGUCAAAAGUUGCCCUCGGUAUCCUAGAGCAUGGAGUGACAUCCUUUUGUCCUACGAUUGUGACGUCCACCGAGGAAACAUACAAACAGAUUGUUCCUAGAGUGAAGAAGAGAAAUGGCAGUAAGGAGGGCGCUGGAGUAUUAGGUCUGCAUUUAGAGGGUCCUUUCAUCAGCAAGGAAAAGAAAGGUGCCCAUGAUGUGGAUUUGAUACAGACAUUUAACAAUGGCAUAUCGGAUGUGACAAAGUGUUACGGAGAAGACCUUACCAAUGUUGCUAUAGUAACCCUGGCGCCUGAGCUGGAUAAAUCUUCGGAAAUUAUCAGAGCAUUGGUUAACAGAGGAAUUAAAGUUUCUGUUGGUCACUCUGUGGCGAAUUUGAUUCAGGGAGAAGAGGCGGUGAACUCUGGGGCGACAUUUAUCACACAUUUAUUUAAUGCCAUGCUUCCAUUUCACCACCGUGACCCUGGGUUGAUUGGCUUGCUGACCAGUAAGAAAGUCCCUAGUAACAUUCCCCUGUAUGGCGUAAUCUCAGACGGCAUCCACACCCACCCGGCAGCUCUCAGGAUUGCAUACAGAGUGGACCCUGGAGGAAUGGUCCUUGUCACGGAUGCAAUAUCAGCCAUGGGUCUUCCUGAGGGAGAACACAGGUUCGGGUCGCAGACAAUGGAGAUCAGAGGAAACAGAGCUGUCAUCAAGGGAACUCAAACACUCUGUGGCAGCAUAGCGACCAUGGAUAUGUGUGUACAGCAUCUGAGGAAAUCAACAGCUUGUGGUACAGUGAAGGCCCUGGAAGCAGCCACUCUCCACCCCGCCCAACUUCUCGGAAUCACAGACAGGAAAGGAACUCUGGACUUUGGCUCCGAUGCCGACUUCAUUCUUCUAGACGAUGAUCUCAGAGUGUUGUGUACUUACAUCGCUGGUGACUGUGUGUGGAGAAGACAAAAGUCCCAUAUACUGUUGGUGCUUGGAUUAGAGUGGCAGUUGAAGUUGCUUUGAAAAUCAAUAGUUUGGUUCACACUAGCUGACAUACACAGGUAAUCACAGAGAUAACAAAUUUGAUGGGGGCUUUGGCUAUUGAUCUCGAGUACCCAUUGGGAAUUGACCCCGGAGUGUGGUCACAGACUUUCCGAUCCCCGGGAUAGUCCUGAUACAUUUACUGGUGAUUAGAAACCCUGCAGGACUUGAACAAGCAAUGCAAUGAGUGGGGAAAUGAAUGUCAUUUUGCUAAAUCUGUACCACGUAAUCGUACUUGCAGUAAUUUCGUGCAUGUGGUACUAAAAUCUGAAUAAAUUACAAUUAACUAACGAUUCUGUUUUCAACUGAAAAUAACAAUGAGAUGUGAAUACGUGUUGACAUUUUUCAGAAUGUUACAUUAGUAAGUGGUUUUACAACUUAAAAAAAAAACCACGAAACGCAUCUGUUUCUGAUUAUUUCCAGCUGUUGCUUGGUGACUGACAUAAUGAUCGAAUCGUAAUUUAGUUUUCAUACGCAGAGAAAUUUCACAGAGUAAUUAACCUAGCCAUUUGUAUGUGUGGACAUGACAUACAUUGUAACAGUUUCUACAUUUCGUGGUAUUAGUACACGUAAAUGAUUAGGUACAAAAUGAUCAUUUUAAAUACUACCCGAGGCGCAGUAGAAUCACGAGUCCUAGCUACUUCUACACCGGAAACAGAGUCGUUGUAUAUUUAUUUACAUUUUCUUUCUUUGGACACAAUACCCGAAGUCUCUCAUCAAAAAUGGCGGAGAUCUCGCAUAGUCACAUCUUGGUUUCAGGUUCUACAUCGUUAAUUUCUCAUUUAAUUUAAAACAUUCCAUUAUCACCUGCAUAUGGUGUUAUGCCCCAUAACUAUUUCUCUAUGCGAGAGCAUGUUCUGCGUAUGAUUAAUUUUUUAAUCAAGACAGGCUAUAGUAUAGUAUAUUGACAGUUUAAGUUGCCUGUUACAAGGGUUCAAACAGUCUCCUUCUAAGUUAGCAUUUUGCAAGUUCUAUGAUCGUUAUAACGAUCUAAUUUACAACUACAACCAGUCAUUACGAUGAAUAUUGUCGGACAUGUUUCAUACCAAUCGCUAGGUGUGUCUAUGAAUUAGUUGAUCACCCCGUUUACCUGAUGCGGAUAUAGGGUUCGCUCCUGACAACAUUUUAGAUUCAUGCCUAUACAGUCUGUAAUUUGGCACGCCGAUUUCGCAAAAAAUAAGAAAUUUGUAGACCUAGGUUUAUCAGGCCUAAAGUAUUGUUUACAGAACAUUAAAUAGUUUAAAUCUAUAGUGGAACUUUGACUUUAUUGAUGGAAACUUUUUUUUUUAUCAAAUACAAACGUUUAUCAAAUUAAGUGAACGUGGUCUGAUAAAAAAUAUAUCAAUAAUAUGUGGAAAAAAUUAUUAUGUAAAACCCUGUUUUCACAUUGAUUUUAUCUGAAUUUAUGAUCGACAAAACGUGUGAAUGA